UGAAGAAGACUACAUGCCACACGAGAAAUCUUAGAAUAUUUCUGGAACAUUUGCGUUCAUGAACAAUGUAUGUGGAAAUAUUCCCUGCAUUUUUAUUAGGUCUAUCGCUAUAAUGUGUUAGUACCAUCCAUUAACAUUAGCUGGAUAAUUUAAUAUGGAUUGGUGAAAUAAUAGAUUUGAAGAUGUCAAGGAAGUGCUGCUAUAAACUACUACCGUAAACUACAGUAGUGCAAGUUAUGGCACUAUCAAAGCAAGACGACACCGCCAAUGUUGUACCUCCUGGAGAGGAACCCAAAGACGGGUUGCCAUGUCUUAUCCCACCUGUCCAAAGAAAAACAUCUACUGGCAGGACUUUGAAUGAGAAAGAGAUUGAGAAACUGACAGGUGACCAGACUUUGGUGUCUGACUUCAAGCAGAUGAAGUUGGAAAAGGAGGCACAGAAAAACUGGGACUUGUUUUACAAAAGGAACACAACAAACUUUUUCAAGGAUAGGCAUUGGAGCACCAGAGAGUUUGAAGAACUGACAGUGUGCCUUGAGUUUGAAGCCCAGAAGCUGGUCCUGCUUGAAGCUGGCUGUGGGGUUGGGAACUUCAUCUUCCCACUACUGGAGGAAGACCUCAACAUCUUUGUCUAUGCCUGUGACUUCUCACCACGAGCUGUGGAGUUUGUGAAGGAACACUCCCUGUACUGCACUGAACGCUGCAGUGCGUUCCAGUGUGACCUGACAAAGGAUGACCUGAGGGGUAAUGUCCCAGUGGGCAGUGUGGAUGUGGCCACGCUCAUAUUUGUCCUCUCAGCCAUCCACCCAGACAAGAUGCAGAAGGCUCUGGAGAACAUUUACAGGGUUCUGAAGCCAGGGGGCAUCAUUCUGUUCAGGGACUAUGGCCUGUAUGACCACGCCAUGAUGAGGUUUAAGGCGGGAAAUAAACUGGGAGAGAACUUCUACGUCAGACAGGAUGGCACCAGGUCUUAUUUCUUUUCCAAAGAGCUCCUAGCUGACCUGUUCAGAGGGGCGGGGUUCGAGAGUGUAACCAAUGAGUACGUGCUACGAGAAACGGUCAAUAAGAAGGAGGGGCUUUGUGUGCCCAGGGUGUUCCUUCAAAGCAAGUUCCGAAGGCCAGACCAACUACAGGGCUCCUGAAGUCCCUUUGCUCAACAAAUGCUUGAAACCUUUAAAGGCACAAAUAGACUGAGACCUUCAUAUAUAAAUGGAUGUCAUUGGACAAAAGCCUACACUGCCGUAUUGCUGAUUAAGUGCCGUUUGUUUGAUCGUUCUUUUUUAUUAAUAAAACUGGUGGAAAAAGUACCCAAUUGUCAUACUUGAGUAAAAGUAAAGAUACCUUUUAAUAGAAAAUGACUCAAGUAAAGGUCACCCACUAAAAUACUACUUGAGUAAAAGUAAAAAAUUGUGUGGUUUUAAAUGGUAAAAUCAAAAGUAAAUGUAAUUGCUAAAAUAUACUUAAGUAUCAAAAGUAAAAGUAAAUGCUAUACAUAAUUUCAAAUACCUUAUAUUAAGCAAACCAGAAAGCACAAUUUGUUUUAUUUACUGAUAGCCAGGAACUCCAACACAGACAUAAUUUACAAACAAAGCAUUUGUGUAUCUUGAAGUCUGCCAGAUCAGAGGCAGUAGUGAAGACUGUGUGUUCUCUUGAUGAGUAUGUGAAUUUGACCAUUUUCCUAUCAUGAUAAGCAUUUGAAAUGUAACGAGUACUUUUGGGUGUCAGGGAAAAUGUAUAGGAGUAAAAAGUACAUGUUUUCUUCAGGAAUGUAGAAGUAAAAGUUGUAAAAAAUUGAAGUUGGAAAGUACAAAUACCCCCGAAAAACUACUUAAGUAGUACUUCAAAGUAUUUGUACUUAGUUACUUUACACCAAUGAUACAACUAUAUGUGUAUAUGAUGGAGAAUUUCUUAGAGAGAAUGGUUUGGUUUUGUAGUUUCAGAGUUAAGGUUCCAAUACUAGUUUUUGCUGCCAACUUUUCCAAUCACGUAAUACAAUUUUCUUUUUUACCACAAGGGGGCAACAAAACCUGUAAAAAAUAUGUAACAUCAAGUGCUCCUUGGUUACAGUCGAAAUAAAUAUUGUGUCAUAUUUUUUUA